AUGGCUAGAGUACUGGUUCAAUGGAAUUUUGCUAAUGGAUUGGAUAGAACCACGACUGAGCUCACUACCGGCAUCUCGCGGGCAAUCUCUCACCUCUUCUCGUCGUCCAAGACGACUACUACGCUGGAUGUAGUGGCCUUCUUCGGGUUGAAUCUACUCUCCAACUUCAUCAUGUGGACGCUCUUCACUCGCGCCCUGACUGCAUCUCCAUCGACAACCAAGGUAACUAUCACAAAUACCACAGCAAAUUUCCUCGUCACCGGUGUACUGGGUAUGUUGGUUUUCCGGGAGAAUGUAAAUGCCCAGUGGCUGCUCGGUGCUGCUUUGAUGGCCGCCGGAUGCAUUAUUGUUGGGAUGCGGGAGAAGCAGGAAGACGAGGCUGCUGACGCCAGCACUGGUGAAGAAGAAGACGACGAAAUUGGUCUUACUGGCAAUCGAAAGCCAGAUGAGGACGACAAUCUCAUCGCCCUCGAGGAAGAUUAA